AUGGAGUUGGACGUCCGUAGGACGUUUGUCGACUUGGAACACGACUCAACUAUCGCGUGGGACCGUUUAACUGAUUUUCAAUAUGUAAGCAAAGGCGGCUUUGCUUUGGUUUUUGUGGCAAACCUCAGGCGCAGCGAUGGGGUUGCUCAGCCUGUUGCGGUGAAAGUGCUGAAGCCUGAGAACCACUUUCGCCCCGCUAUCUACAGCAAGUUUCUCCAGGAGGUUGCUUUGCAGACAGCCCUGCCACACUCCCUCAUCGUGCGCGCGCUGGGGUUCUGCUCCGUACCAGUUGGUCCACUGAUCGCGGCGGCGCCGCCCGGCAUCCUCACGCCUGACAGUAGCGGCGGCGGCGGCGGUGGCGCCAGGGACAGGAACAGCAAGAAAGCGGCCUUGUCGGCAGCGCAGGAAUGGUUUGCGAAGCGGCGGCUGUUGAAGUGCUGGGCGCUGGUCAUGGAGCUGAUGCCGAAGGGGCCAGCAGUGGGUGAGACGGCGGUCGCCGGCACCGGCGGUGUCGCCGGCAUGAGCUGGCCUGCCAGCGGCGCUGGCAGCGGCCCUGGCAGCUACGGCGAUGUGCAGGGGCUGUUGUGGCUCAUUGAUGUGGCGGACGCCAUGACCUUCCUGCACAGCCAGCAGCCCCUGCUCAUACACCGCGAUCUCAAGCUGGAGAACAUCCUCUUGCAGCGGGAUGCGGACGGCAGGGUGCGGGCAAAGCUGUCCGACUUCGGGCUCACAGUGGUAGGGAGGGGGGUCUGUGGGGUCCCGGCAGUGGACGCCGCUGGAUCCAAGGUGCCGCCGCCGCAGGUCCUCUGCGCCCCGGGUCAAACCCUGGAAGACGUCCGUAACGCCGUACCCGGGGGCGGCGGCGGCGCCGUCACCGCCCUGUCGGAGCGGCCGUGCAGCUCAUCCGCACAGGUCGCAGCCACAGACACCGUGAAUGCUGCUCCGGAACCGCCCGGCGGCACUCCCUCCAGAAGCGCACCGGCGUCCAGCAGGCAGCUGAACCUCGGCCACCCCAGCCCCAGCCCCUACCCGCUCCGGAACCCCCAAGGCCAGGGUGACCCACAUCCGCACCAGCAGCAGCGAUACGAGGAACAGCAGUACCAGCAGUGCGGACAGCAGGAGAAGAAGCAGCAGCUCAUUGCGGGCAGGAAGGUGGUGAGCAGCUCGCAGGUGCUCGUCCAGGCAAAAGCCGCGCGGGGGCUGGGCCAUGUUCAAACCCAGGCCCAAGCCCAGGGCCAGGCACAGGCCCAAAGCACACUGACGGCGGCGUCUGCGGUCGUCACAGCGGCGGGGGCCCCGUGGCUAGGAGGGGCAGCAGCUGUGGGACCAAACCAGGGCUCUGGGGGCAUGUUUGCAGGUAAGGUAGGCGGCGGCGGGACGGCGACGGCGACGGCAGCGGCAGCGCGACGGCCUUGGAGUGCGGCGCAGGCGCAGCUGCGGCCGCAGCUACCGCUGCCGAUGCAGCUGCCGUCGCAUGAGGAAAACGCUGUUGGUGUCCCGGAGUGGGGGAGCUCUCCGCAUCAGCACGAAGAGGGGGAGAAAGCAGGCAAGAAGCCGCCGCCGCCGCUGCCGCCGUCGUCAAUAUCCGCGUCGCAGCCGCCAGUACAAGCUGAGGGGCCCCCGGCGGCGGUGAUGGUGGCGGCGGACGCGGGACGGGUGCUGCUCCGGCCUCAGCGAUCGUCGGUCUCUUGGUCUGGACCGCAGCGCCAGAUCGGCGAUGAUGUCCUAGGCCACGGGCAUCAUCAGGGUCGCCGCUACGCUGCGGGUCCAGGGCCCUCGGGCUUGGGAUUGGCCAGACAGGGGCCCGGAGCUCACAGAUUCCGAUCGGCAGUGGCUCAACAACAACAAGGACAACAACAACAAGGGCGCGCGCUGUCUCAGGCCCCGGGGCCCCCGCCCCUGCCGCCCAUCACGAUGACGUCAUCGUCGCGGCUAUCCGAGACGGGACAUUUGCAGGUGAAGAUGGAGCAGCUCAACGGAUUGUUACGAAUGGGUAUGGGACACCGGGAUUAUCUGCCGGACAUGUACCAGAUGACUUUCAAGCUUACAAGCCAGUGCGGGUCGGUAUGCUACAUGGCACCAGAGGUUGCUCGGCAGCUGCCUUACAACCAGAAGGCCGACGUCUUCUCCUUCGGCUGUCUGGUGUAUGAGGUGAUGUCUCGACAGCUGCUUUCGGAUGGCAUCCCCCCGGGCGACGUGGAGGCCGCCCUGGAGUACCUGGGCCGCGUGGCUUGGAGUGGCUGGCGUCCUGACCUGCCCGCCAGGCUGCCGAAGGAGCUGAGGCUGCUCAUCUCGCUGUGCUGGCAUCGGGAGCCGCGGCUUCGGCCCUCUUUUCCGACCAUCGCCGCGCGGCUGCGGGAGGUGCUACGCGCCACGGCGACGGGCCCCCUCCACUCCAAGAUUACCUUGAACGCGGUGACAGUACAGCCGCCGCCACCUCCGUUGGCGGCGCAACGCUCGCAGCUGCUGCUGGAACUGCAGGUGCGGGAGCAGCAGCGGAAGAGCAAGGAACAGCAGCAGCAGCAGCAGCAACAACAACAGUGGGCCAUGCUCCAGCAGCACCACCAACAACAGCAGCAGCUGCUGCUGCUCCAGCAACAGAUGGGACAGUACCGGCUGGAUCAAUCGACCAACCAGAAAAAUACUGUGCGGAUGCUCGGAGGUUCCGUUUCAACCGGGAAUAUGUGGAACGCCUUCCAACAUACAACGGUGCCAGGCGGCGGUGGCGCCGCGGCGCUGUCUCCUGCGUCUUCGGCAGCAUCGACGACACAACAAUUCCAGCUGCAAGCGCAUCGGCAACAGCUACAGCUACAGCUACAGCAGCUGAACGCAUGCACUCGCGCCGGAGGCAGCACUCCCACUCUCCCAACCACCAUCACCCCCCCCACCACCACCGCCACCACCGGGGGUAUCCUACCGGUACCUUACUCUGUGAACAGCGUCAGCGUCAGCCGGCAGCCGUUGCACGUUGAAAGUACGGGCACGAUUAUGGCGCACACCACCACCGCCACCACUAUUACUGGUGCAGGGUGUCGCAUGUCCAGCCCAGUUCUGGGGGCCGUGACCGGCGGGCGGGGCGGAGGGGCAGGUACCUUGGAGCCCGUGGUGGUGCAUCCAGCGGGACGCGCCACGACCAGCACCUUGACAAUGACGACAGCGACGGGGCCUCAGAACAGCGACAGCAGCUAUUACUCCGCCUUGCCCAGUCCCGUGAGCCCCACCAGCUCCAGGGUGGGUAACCGGAGGUCAUCAGGAUGUCCAGGGCUCGGACCCAGCCCCGGGCUGCUGCCGGGGCAGAGCCACGACAGGGCAAGCCGGGCUUCAACGCGCAUGGCGUGAUGACGGGAGUUUACAAAGCCUGGACACGACUGCCCGCCCGACGCGCUGCGCCAUCGUGUUGCGAGCCAUCGGGUUUUCCAAGCCUUGCCGAGACCUGUCUAUGUUGCACGCGGAGCAUAGCGGAGCAUACACCACUAGGUCCGGAACCACACGCCGCACGGCACAUGAUUGCAAAGCUAGAUAUGACUAAAAUCAGAUUAAGGCAGGCGAAUGCCGCCUCGGCCUCCAUGAGCGGCAGGUGAUCGUUCUGGGGCAUCUCUAUCAAGUUCUCUACCUGCGGCAGCAGACGUGUGCAUAGAAACAGACAGACACGCAA